CCUUGAACAUCCGACCUCCGCCCACGGACAAGUGUCGUCACCGGGCGAGACACUCUCGACAAUCAGCUGCGACUAGCGGAGCAUCUCAGACACCCGGUCACUUGCUACCAACGCAUCCAGCUUCUCGUCAACGAGCUGCAUCAAAGCCCAAAGCCGCUUCUUUGAUUCUUGAACUUGUCCUUCUGUCUUCCCCACGGAUCCAGCUGUAUUGAUUUUUUUUAUUCCACGGUCAAAUCAUUUGACCUUUGCCAAUCUAUCCCGACUGUGGCUGACUGCUGCACCGCGGAAGGGUCCUUCUCCGCUGCCUUGCUUAGCCACGUUGCUCUUUGCUAUAACCAGCCCACUUCCGCCUUAGCCUUUCCACACCGUCAACCUGCGCAAUCACCUGUUCCAUGGACCACUGAAGCUUCCUUUGGACUGUAUCCAUCGUCGCUUCGGCAUACUCGCCAAUCUUGACUUUGUGUGCAGCACCGAACGACAGCAUGGCGGAGAGCGGAGAAAUAGAUUUGGGACAGCUGUCUGCAAGUCAGCAAGAGUCCCUCCAGCAGUACACAAGUGUCACAAAUCAGGAGCUCAAGGAUGCGAUACCACUGUUGCAGCGAUCGCAAUGGAACGUCCAGAUUGCCAUCGCCAAGUUCUUCGACGGCGAAGGCCCUGAUCCUGUCGCGGAGGCAAUGGCACAGGACAUCCCCCGUACAGAAGCGCGGCACGAGAACCUUCAAGAGAGUCUGCUCGCCUCUGCAGCUCGUCCACCGGCUCCUCGGAGAGAUCGACCUGACCCCGCGCCGCGAAUCGUUCCUCAACCGAAUACAGUUCACCGGCCGCCAUUCCUCAUCGGGUUGCUUCUGGCGCCCUUCAGCAUCGGUUACAGCAUCGCAUCCAAGGUGUUUCGGACCGUCUUCUACCUGCUCAGUUUCCUUCCCCGACAGAUCCGGCCACGGGCCAUCACAAGCGGGCCGGGGAACGGACUGCGGAGUACCAACGGGCGGCGGAUGCUCAUGCCCCGAGACACGGCCGCGCGCUUCAAGCGUGAAUUCGAGGAAGAGUAUGGAAGCACUGAAUUGCCCUGGUUCGAGGGCGGGAUUGCCCAGGCACAAGACCUGGCCAAGAAGGAACUCAAGUUCUUACUCGUUGUUCUCAUGUCACCUGAACACGACGAUACCGAAUCAUUCACGAGGGAAACUUUGUUGAACCCGGAUGUGGUCAGCUUCAUCAACGACCCGGCAAACAAUGUCAUUCUGUGGGGCGGCAACAUUCUGGACUCGGAAGCGUAUCAGGUCGCCCAGGAAUACAACUGCACAAAGUACCCAUUUUCAGCGAUCGUCUGCCUCACGCCCAAGGAAGGAAGCACUAGGAUGAGCAUCAUCAAGCGGCUUGCUGGCCCGAUGCCGGCUACUGCAUACCUUGCGGAAGCUCAGACCGCCAUCAACAAAUACGCACCAGAUCUAGCAGGCGUCCGAGCAGAGAGGACAGCACAAGAGGUGGCUCGCAGCCUGCGAACUGAGCAAGAUACUGCCUACGAGCGGUCGUUGGCUAAGGACAGAGAAAGAGCGCGACAGCGGCGUGAGGCGGAGAAGGCUGCGGCAGAAGCUGCACGCAAGGCCGAGGAGGAGGCCGAAGCUGCAGUAAGGCGCGAGGAGCUUGGCGAUAAGUGGAAGCGCUGGCGGGUGACGACUAUGGAAGACGAGCCACCAGCGAGCAAUAAGGAUGUUGUACGGAUUGCGCUGAAGAUGCCCGAGUCGUCUGGUGCUGGAAGGAUUGUGCGCCGGUUCCGCAACGACACCACGAUGGAAACGCUAUACGCUUUCGUGGAGUGUUACGAUGUGUUGACGGCAUCAGAAGAAGUGUCAGAGAAGGCCGCUGUCAAGCCCGAGGGCUACGAGCACGAGUAUCAGUUCCGCAUUGCGUCUGUCAUGCCCCGGGUGGUGUAUGAGCCCAGCAAGGAGGAAACAAUGGGACAGAAGAUUGGGCGGUCAGGAAACCUGAUCGUGGAGGAAGUGUCGGCCGACGGCGAGUCAGACGAUGGUGAAGAAUACUCGUCUUAG